GUGUCAGGGUGUAGAUUCCUUCUCUUUUUUGUCAGCAAUGCAACUUUUCGUCAAGUCCCUUGCCGGUAACACCCUCGCUCUCGAGGUCUCCAACACCACCUCUGUUGAGAAUGUCAAGUCCAUGAUCGCUGCCCGUGAAGGUAUCGAUGCUGAAUUCCAAUGUCUUUCUUUCGCUGGUAAGUCUCUCCAAAACUCUGAGACCCUUGCCCUCUAUGGUGUCCAAGACAACUCUACCCUCCACAUGAACGCUGAACUCCUCGGUGGUGGUAAGAAGAGAAAGAAGAAGACCUACACUACCCCCAAGAAGAUCAAGCACAAGCGUACCAAGGUUAAGAUGGCUAUCUUGAAGUUCUACAAGGUCGACGAAUCUGGUAAGAUCACCCGUCUCCGUCGUGAGUGUCCUAACGCCACUUGUGGUGCUGGUGUCUUCAUGGCCAAGCACAGUGACCGUCAAUACUGUGGUAAAUGUCACUUGACCUAUGUCUUCCAAAAGGAUCAAGAGGCUUAAAUCAUCUGUUUAAAUCAUUAGACUUUUCACCAUAAAAAAGUAGACUUUAUAUAUAAACUGGGAUGCUCUCUAUUGAUCUCCUACUAUUAAUAAAUAUCUAACAAUACAUAUAUAAUCUGUCUUUCUUAU